AUGGAGAAAUUUUUCCUGGCCAUCCAUUUACGUUGUGCUCUCAACACCGGAAUUCCAAGAAUGAGAACACUCAACGGGAAUUUCACGGUAACAGUGUUGUUGAUGAUGCUACUUCACUUCUCCAAUGUAGCUACACAACACCCUUUCUCCUCUUUAAUGCCCUUCCAUACACUCAUCCUGCCCAACAAUCAAACUGAUCGGAAAAACCCGGACCCACCGCCUCCUCGGGCCAAUGUUCCUCGCCACGUCGCUUUUCUCGCUCCUCCUCCGCCAAAACACCCUCCGCCGCCUCCACCACCGCAACCGUUGUUUUCUCCUCCGCCACCUCCGCCUCCGCUUUCACCACCGUUGUUUUCUCCUCCGCCACCUCCGCCUCCGCUUUCACCACCUCCGCCGCUUUCACCACCGCCCAAUUCUUAG